AUGUCGGCCGUGAAGACUCUGAACCCCAAGGCCGAAGUGGCCCGAGCCCAGGCGGCCCUGGCGGUGAACAUCAGCGCGGCCCGAGGCCUCCAGGAUGUGCUGAGGACCAACCUGGGGCCCAAGGGCACCAUGAAGAUGCUGGUUUCUGGUGCUGGAGACAUCAAGCUCACUAAAGAUGGCAACGUGCUGCUUCAUGAAAUGGAUGACAUCACUGGUGACGGGACUACUUCCAACGUUCUGAUCAUCGGCGAGCUGCUCAAACAGGCGGACCUCUACAUUUCUGAAGGUUUGCAUCCCAGAAUAAUAACAGAAGGAUUUGAAGCAGCAAAGGAAAAGGCCCUUCAGCUUUUGGAACAAAUCAAAGUAAGCAAAGAGAUGGCUGUUGUUGACUCCAUUUUGGCCAUUAAGAAGCAAGAUGAACCUAUUGACCUUUUCAUGGUUGAAAUCAUGGAGAUGAAACAUAAAUCUGAAACCGAUACAAGCUUAAUCCGAGGGCUAGUUUUGGACCACGGGGCACGGCAUCCUGAUAUGAAGAAGAGAGUAGAAGAUGCAUACAUCCUUACCUGCAAUGUGUCAUUGGAGUAUGAAAAAACAGAAGUGAAUUCUGGCUUCUUCUACAAGAGCGCAGAAGAGCGAGAAAAACUUGUAAAAGCAGAAAGGAAAUUCAUUGAAGAUAGAGUUAGAAAAAUCAUAGACCUGAAAAAGAAAGUCUGUGGUGAUUCAAAUAAAGGAUUUGUUGUUAUUAAUCAAAAGGGUAUUGAUCCCUUUUCCUUGGAUGCUCUUGCAAAAGAAGGCAUAGUAGCUCUGCGCAGAGCUAAGCGGAGGAAUAUGGAGAGACUGACGCUUGCCUGUGGUGGGGUGGCUCUCAAUUCUUUAGAUGACCUGAAUCCAGACUGCCUGGGGCACGCGGGCCUCGUCUAUGAGUACACCUUGGGGGAGGAGAAGUUCACCUUCAUCGAGAAAUGUAACAACCCUCGCUCCGUCACACUGUUGAUCAAAGGACCAAAUAAACACACGCUCACUCAAAUCAAAGAUGCCAUCAGAGACGGCUUGAGGGCUGUCAAGAACGCCAUCGAUGACGGCUGUGUGGUCCCAGGGGCUGGUGCUGUGGAAGUGGCGAUGGCAGAAGCUCUGAUGAAGCAUAAGCCCACUGUCAAGGGCAGGGCCCAGCUUGGUGUCCAGGCGUUUGCUGAUGCACUGCUCAUUAUUCCCAAGGUUCUUGCUCAGAAUUCCGGUUUUGACCUUCAGGAAACACUAGUCAAAAUUCAAGCAGAACAUUCAGAAUCCGGUCAACUUGUGGGUGUUGACUUGAACACAGGUGAGCCCAUGGUAGCAGCAGAAGCAGGCGUGUGGGAUAACUACUGUGUAAAGAAACAGCUGCUUCACUCCUGCACUGUGAUUGCUAGCAACAUCCUCCUGGUUGAUGAGAUCAUGCGAGCUGGCAUGUCUUCCCUCAAAGGCUGA